AUGAGUUCCGUGGCGCGGGCGGCACGAGGCGCGGCCGUUGUCAUGCGCUGGUGGCCAUCGACGACCUUCUCAGAACUGAGGCCGGCGGCUCUGGCAACCCGGAAAUCAAGCACAAGCUCCUGGUCAGCAGACCAAUUCAUCGACCAAGCGCUCGAGUCGCAGGUCCGUCAACAACAGGAAGCGGACAGCGGCACAGCCAAGCUCAGCUCCUCCAAGGCUGCCCAGAAAUGGCUCCUGCCGCAUUGUACGCAAUUACAGGCAACGGCGUCACAAGACCGAGAGCCCCUCGUGGAUGAUGAUGGUGAUCUAGAUGCCAUCGACAAGGUGGAUAGAAAGGAACAGUUUGAUGAUCCAGUGCAGAGCCUGCCAGCAGCCACGCAGCUAGACCAUAAUCCAUUGCAUAAGGUCAGGAUGGACGGCUUUAUCAAACAUACGGGAACCAAGAAGAAGCUGUUCCGAACAGUCAAGUCGGAGGCGAUCAAAACCCCACCACAGGAGGAGACCAAGCCUUUGAUCAAAAAGUAUGUCACAGCCAAGGGAUCAGAAGGCGGGCCCGCACAAGACACCCGGCCCCGCAUCGUCUGCUUCCACUCCCUACCCAAGGACAUUACCAAGGGAGCCGUGCUCGGCAUGAUCGCCAGAGCGGCCGACGGGAAGCAUCACAUCCCGCACAGCCGCGUGCUGGACGUGAGGGCCGCGCUGCCCGGCGUCAUGUACGUCGAGUUCUUCAACCACGUCGCCGCCAUCGCGACGCACCGCGCGGCAAAGUCCGGCAACAUCGUGGUCCCGGGCGGCCGCCCUGGCGCGCCCCUGGUGACGAGCUUGCACCUCCGUCACCGCGUCUCGGACCAGUCUACCGGCGCUGGCCUGGAGCAAUUUGACACUGAGUCGAGGAAGGAGUACCUAAGCGACGCGUACCGCGUGGUCACGCGGCGCGUCAGCCUGUCCAGCGGAUCCCAAGCUUUGCCCGGCGGUCCUGAAGAUACUGUUUGGACACAGGCUCCGUGGCUCACUACACUUCCGACUUCAGACGGGGCAGAGGAUUCGGGAAGAGAAAAGAGCAAGAGUGUUCCAUUUGACGUGGAGGAAUGGUUGGAAACCGUAUCGCGAAAGUUGUGA